AUGGCAACUGCAGACUUCGGCUACUUCCUCACUCCAGCCCCCCUCUCCAACCCCUUUUCCUCCGAUCCCGUGUACCAGCGAAUCCUAUCGUCCUACCUCCCCCCAGAUAUCCUAUCACAGAUCCAACCCAGUCUACACCGCUUCGCUGCGGAAGCCAUUUCGGAAAGCGUGCACGACUUGGUACGCAAUGCUGAGUCGCAGCCGCCGUUCGUCAAGACCCGGAAUGUGUGGGGCUCCCGGCCCGAGAGAGAUCGGCUGGUUACAUCUGACGGGUGGAAGCAGCUCGGGAAGUGGGGGCUGUCAAAUGGCAAUUAUAUUUACUCUGCUUCGUCAGCUGCGUACUCUUGUCCUGUAUCUAUGACUUCUGGAGCUUGUCGGCUGGUUCGAUUUCAAUUGGAUUCGAUGCCUGCAGACCACCCGUUUCAUGAGCUGUAUGCGAAGCUUACAGCUCGAGAGAAUUCUUGGAUCUCUGCUCAGUGGAUGACCGAACGAGCUGGCGGCAGCGAUGUGCGCAACAGUGAAACAGUCGCUGUCUACUCUCCUCUUACAACCAAAACUGGCCGCUUCGGCCGCAUCGAUGAGGGCGACUACUUGCUAUUCGGAUUCAAGUUCUUCUCCAGCGCGACUGACUGCAAUGUCGCAUUUAUCCUCGCCAAAACAGAAUCGGGUCAGCUCUCACUAUUCGUCGCUCCUACAGUCAAGACCGUAUGCGGAGAACAUGGAAGCGAAAAAGAAGUUACAAAUGGAAUUCGCAUUCAUCGACUGAAGCAGAAAUUCGGUACUAAGGAACUCCCCACAGCUGAGCUGGAGUUGAAGGGCGUUCGUGCGCACAUGGUCGGACCCAAGGAUCGCGGCAUCGCAACUAUCGCGAUGUUGUUGAACGUGACGAGAACGCACAACUUCAUUACUGCGCUAUCAUGUCUGCGUCGUGCGGUUGAGAUCUCCAAAUCCUUUGCUCUGUCGCGGAAAACUCUUGACCAGCCGCUUUGGACGUUUCCGAUGCAUCUCAGCACGCUGGCGCAAUUGGAGGUGAAGCAUCGAGGGUGGAUGCAGUUGGCAUUUUUCACUACAUCGUUGCUGAGCUAUAGUGACUAUGGGUUCCCAGAUUCCGUGCCUAGGCAUUAUGCGUUACUUGCCAAGUCUCCGAAGUUGACUACUCUGGUCCUCAGAGCGUUGACAUCGACUGCUAAGGCUGUGAUUUGCAAGUCAGCUACGUUAUCAUUCCAGGAAUGCCAGGAGGCUAUGGGUGGUGUUGGAUAUAUGGAUGAACCAGAAGAGCCAGAGUUUAACGUGAGUCGUCUCUGGAGAGACACUGCCAGCAAUUCCGUCUGGGAGGGAACCACCAAUGUCCUCGCAAGCGAGACCGUUCGACAUCUUACCCACGGCGAGAACCUGAAGUCUUUUGGCACUUGGAUUCGUGACGCAAUUGACAACCUCCACGACUCGUACAAACGCACCCUGCUGAGUGCUUGGGAGGCAUUGUAUGCGAAGUUGCAUGUCGCUGUGACUCCGGGUGGUCUGGAAACAACCCUGGCAGAAGGCCGCCAAGUCAUGUUUACCCUAGCCUGGCUAAUUAGCUGCAUACUACUUGCUUCUGAUGCAGAGAGGGAUGGUGAUACGACCGCUCAUGAAGUUGCGAGAAGAUGGAUCUUGGAGGGUGAAGGCUUUCCGGAUGAAUUUGCGUUCCCGGCUAUUACUCAUACGUAUUGGAGAUUAGCCCCCCGGGAGGCAGGCAAGAAUGAGCGUAAUGCUCAAAGGACUAAUUGGGAUUGCCGUAUUGUGUGGGGAGUUGAUCUUCCUGAGGAUGCAGCGUCUGGAUACCGGCCAAUGGCGAAGAUCUAG